CAACUAACUUCCCGCCUCAUUUCAAACAUCAGAAAAACAAAAAGGGUUCUUUAUUUGGGGAAAAGUCCCAAUCUAGGGUUUAUACAGCUAAAACUCAUCAAUCGCUUCUGCACGUUUUGCCAAUGAGUGUUCCAAUGGAGAUCUCUGUUCAAACUCUCACCAACGGAGACGCCACCAGCCACCACACAACCACCGUCCCCGUGCCCGCCGCACCUUCACCUCUACCACCGCCUGUAGCCGAAGAUAAAUUCCUCGUUUCAGUUGAGGUUUGCUUGAAGCCUUCUAGCACUGCGCGAACUGAGGACGUGAAAUUAGCUGUUGAGAGAAUGCUGGAAAAGAGCAGCUUAAGCUAUGUUGAUGGACCAAUUGAUUUGCCUCUCGAUGACGCAUUUCUUGUGGAUAAUGUGCAAAGAAUAUGUAUAUGCGACACAGAGGAGUGGGUGGCAAACCAUGAUAUUUUGCUGUUUUGGCAAGUCAAACCUCUUGUGCAUGUCUAUCAGCUAAGUGAAGAGGGACCUUGUGAGGAUUUAGAUGGGGAUAGCCAACUUUCUAGCUUUAGUGAAUGGAUUCUUCCUGCAAAGGAAUUUGAUGGCAUGUGGGAAAGCUUAAUAUAUGAAUCUGGUUUGAAGCAACGGUUACUAAGAUACGCGGCAAGUGCUUUGCUAUUCACUGAAAAGGGUGUUGACCCUUUUCUUGUUUCGUGGAAUCGUAUCGUUCUUCUACAUGGUCCUCCAGGAACAGGCAAGACAUCACUAUGCAAAGCAUUAGCACAGAAACUGUCAAUACGUUUUAGCUCCAGAUAUCCACAUUGUCAGCUGAUUGAAGUGAAUGCACACUCAUUGUUCAGCAAAUGGUUUUCUGAAAGUGGCAAAUUGGUUGCAAAACUUUUUCAAAAAAUUCAGGAAAUGGUGGAGGAGGAGAACAAUCUGGUAUUUGUUUUAAUCGAUGAAGUUGAAAGCCUAGCUGCAGCAAGAAAAGCAGCUAUAUCUGGUUCAGAACCUUCAGAUUCUAUAAGGGUGGUAAAUGCUCUUCUGACCCAGAUGGACAAGUUGAAAUCUGCACCAAAUGUGAUUAUUCUGACCACAUCGAACAUAACAGCUGCUAUUGAUAUUGCAUUUGUUGAUCGAGCCGAUAUAAAAGCAUAUGUGGGCCCUCCUACCCUACAAGCACGUUAUGAAAUACUAAAAUCCUGUAUGCAGGAGCUUUUAAGAACCGGUAUCUUGUCUAGCUGUCAGGAUGGUGAUCCCUUGAUUCUACCAAAUUAUUCUUCUUUGAUAGGCAAUUUGGCUUCAGCAACAGCUGAAGACUCUCAAUCCCACUUGAACAUAUUCAAGCACUUACUUGAAGCCGCUCAAGCAUGUGAGGGAUUGAGUGGAAGAUCUUUAAGGAAACUUCCAUUCUUGGCUCAUGCAGCACUUGCCCAUAUUCAAUGUCAGGACCCCAUCAAGUUCUUGCUUACGAUGAUCAGCACGAUUAAUAGGGAGCGGUCCGAGAUACCAGAUUAGGCAUGUUUGGUUGCUUCAAAGGUCAAAACACUUAGAUUCAAGGUGAAUGGAAAUUUGUUGUCAAUCAUACAAGCCAUAUCUUUUGUUUAGUGAUGGAUACUCAUGAGCCUUUAUGUUUAUGAAUACAUGUAUGUGAAACUUGUGAAUAUAAAAAGUUCCUUUAUAUGUUGAACUUGAACCAGUAUAUUGGCAGUAUAUUGAAGCAACUCUUUAGAUCUCAA